AUGACUGAGACACCCAAGUAUCAUCCUGCGCUUACUAUCACUAAUGUCAAAACUCUAGUCCCUGUUACAUUAGAUAAUGAGCAAUCUCUUUACCAUUCUUGGCCUACUUUAUUCACCAAUCUUGCUAGAGUCUAUGAUCUGUAUGAUCAUGUGGUUCCUCCCACCGACGCCACCGCUGGGGCUACUUAUGAGACUAGGAAAUCCGAGGAUCUCAGUCUCUGGAACCGUCUUGAUGCCGUCCUUUUACAUUGGAUUUACGACACAAUUUCAUUCGAUCUUCUCCUAGCCAUCCUCUGUCGCAAUGACACGGCCAAGGCGGCAUGGAAUCGUCUUGAGUCUCUCUUUCAAGAUAAUAAGGCUUCUCGGGCCACUCACCUCGAAGAGGACUUCACUAAUGCUGAUUUUGAGGACUUUACUUCCAUUGAUAAUUAUUGUAAUUAUCUUCAAUCCAUUGCCGACAGGCUGGUUCUUCGCCUUACUGGUUCAUUACCGGAAGCCUAUAAUGGUACGGUGGAUUAUAUUCAAAAUCAGGAUCCCAUGCCCUCUUUCAAAAGUUGUCGGUCCCGUUUAAAAACGGCUGAGCGCACCAUCAAAGCUCGCACUGCUCGUGAAAAUGGUGGCUCUGGUUCUAAGAAUACGACACCCAUGGUAGCAGCAUCUAACUCCUGUGAUUCUGCUCCCCCUUAUUCCAAGCGUGGCUCAAAUAAUAAGCCUCGCCAUAAUAAAAACAAAGGGAAAGGAAAAGGCCCGCAUCCGCAGACCGGGCCCAAUACUAGUGAGCAACAGCCCGCGUGGCAUCCCCGUGGACCCUCACUGCAAGCUCCCAUGUGGCAACAUCACUCUUGGCCAGGCUGGUCCGUUCCUCCAUGUCCGUUUCCAGCAUAUACUUGGCGACCCAGGCCCAUGAACUCGGCCCAACAACAUCCUUCUCAUGGCCUCCUUGGUCCUCGAUCACAGUCAUACAAUGCCAUGACCUCUUCUUCUGCUCCUCAAUCUACCGGUUAUACUCCGACAGACAUUGAGGCUGCUAUGCAUGCUCUUUCCUUUGCUCAAUCGGACGGGAACUAUUACAUGGAUACGGGUGCUACAUCUCACAUGACAGCAGACUCAGGUAUUCUCUCAUCUUAUUUCAAUUCAAGCAAUAAGUAUCAUAACAUUGUUGUUGGUAGUGGUCAUUUAAUUCCUGUUAUUGGUCAUGGUUGCACUUAA